GACGAGGAGCUCGCCGCCGUCUUCGACGCCUGGGCCGCGGACUUCUCGCGCGCGUAUGCGACGGCCGACGAGCGCGCGGAGCGCUACGCGCACUUCAAGAAAAAUUUAGCCGAGGUCGACCGUCUCAACGGCGCCCACCCCUACGCACUUUUUGGCCUCACGCGCUUCGCCGACCGGAGCGACGCCGAGCGGUCCACGCGGCGGUCACGGCGCGCCGCGCUCGCGGACAUGGUCGCCGCGCUGCCCGGAUCCCCGACGAAGUUCGACUGGCGCGCCCUCGGCGCCGUCACGGACGUCAAGGACACGGGCGACUGCGCGUCGACCUGGGCCUUUGCCGCGGCCGGCGACAUCGAGGGUACGCAGUUCCUCUCG